AGGGCCCGGAUCCGGAACCGGAUGCGGCUUGGUGCUCCGGCGCGGAGCGCGGGGAGAUGGCCACGGGGACAGACCAGGUGGUGGGACUCGGCCUCGUCGCCGUUAGCCUCAUCAUCUUCACCUACUACACCGCCUGGGUGAUUCUCCUGCCAUUCAUCGACAGCCAGCAUGUCAUCCACAAGUAUUUCCUGCCCCGAGCCUAUGCCGUUGCCAUCCCACUAGUUGCUGGCCUCCUGCUGCUUUUGUUUGUGGGAAUAUUCAUCACCUAUGUGAUGCUGAAGAACCAGAAGGUGACCAAAAAGGCUCAGUGAGGACCCAGCGGGAAUGAAGCUGCUGACUGCUUCUCUGCCUCCCCUCCAGUGCAUACCAAGGGCCGGGGGCCCAUAGGACCUGUGCAGGCACUACACCCCCUCAAGCAUGGCUGCCUUGCAGACACCCCUGGGGAAGGAGCUGUUCAGGACACACCCCUGACUGAUUAGAACCCCCACUUCUCUCCUGCUCACUCUUCCAGAGCCAGGAGGAAGUACCUCUCUUCCCGUUCUGGAUCAGGGCCUGAAAGAUGCUGGUCCUCCCUACCUCCCUUUCAGACCCCCUGUCACUUUUUCCUCUGGGUUCUUGCCUCAAUUUCCCUCCUGUCACAUGCUGAUGUUGGAACUGGCAGGUUCUGAGACAUCAUGUAGCCUCUCCGUACAUAUCCUUUUCUUCCACAAAGUCAGCUCUCCCAGGUCUGACAUAGCCUGGGACCCCGUGGAAUCUGGACCUGGACAGCCUGACGGGAGGACUGACAGGCAUUGGGACCCCUCCAGGCCUCAAGGCACACUAGGUCCCAGACAUAGUUCUCAUGAAGGCCCAGUCCUUCAGCCUUAGAACUGACCUACUGGGGAGAGCUGAACAAUAAACACUGAUGGUUUGUU